AUGGAACCGGUGGAACAACCACAACCACUACCAGCUGUGGAGCAACAACAGCCACCUCUAGAGCCACUAAGGAGAAAACGUGGUGCACGCAUGUCCAUGCGUUCAGGACCGCGGUCAAGACCGCUACCACCAUUACCACCAACUUACCCACCUAUCCCUAAGGAUCCACAAAUGGGUAGACCCUCAAACACUACGCCAGUGGUUGAUCCAACGCCAGCAACGUUUGCUCAACCACCACCGCCAAUAGGUUUUGACAACCUAAUUCCUACGUAUCUAGUUACGUCUAGAUACAAUCCUUUAGAACCUUCUACGCCGGUAGAUUAUAACUACCAGACGCCUCCGUACGACCCUUAUAUACAAGCGAUCGUACAUAAUGCCUUAUACCCAUCUCCUUUCCCUCCUGCUUACCCAACUACGGGAUAUCUAAAUUAUGGAUACUCGUAUCCUACUGUGCCUCAACCACAGCCACUGCCACCGCCACAAUUUGAGGCCAUUAACCAGGCCUUGGAAGGGCGGAACAAGUUCAGCGUCAGGCUGAGAAGAAUGAGAAGAAAACAAGUAAUUUCUUCAAGAAACUUACCAAGCUGA